AUGGGGAUCGGGGAUCGGGACACAGGUCACCAACCACAUACACGAGCACCGAAAUCUAGGGCUUUACAAGACAUGGGUAUCAAGACUGCUUGGUCCAAAAUCGCCGUAUCAGUCUCCGUCGCCGACGAGCUCGAUUCCUCUCAUUUGUCUCAUUCUCAAUCUCCACUGGGUUUCUCUCUGUGUUUGGUGGUAGGUAUGUCUGAUAUGGAACGCCACGUCUCACGUUGCAUCAGUUAG